AUGAGUGACAUCGUAAAAAUACAACUUUCAUCGCCUAAUCAACAUCAAACUGUAUCAAAACCUGAUAUUUAUUGGAUUCCUGAGACACAUAAUCGAUUGAGUAAGCGCGUUAAAAUUUUGAUUGGUGUCUGCGCACGACAACCUCAACCUCUACCACAUCCACGUCCACUACCUCGAGUACAGCAACAACCUCAACCUCUACGACAUCGACAUCCACAACUUCAACUACAACAUCCACGACAUCAACAUCAACAACAACUUCGACUACAACAACAUCCACAACCUCAACCUCUACGACUUCAACAUCCACGACCUCGACUUCAACAACAACAUCAACAACCUCAACAUCAACAACAACUUCGACCACAACAACGUCCACAACAUCAACCUCUACGACUUCAACAUCCACAACGUCGACUUCAACAACAACAUCAACAACCUCAACGUCAACAACAACUUCGACCACUACAACAUCUACAUCCACGACCUCAACCUCGACAACCUCGACAUCCACAACCUCGACUUCAACAACUACCUCAACUUCGACAACCUCAACGUCAACGACAACUUCGACCACUACAACAUCUACAUCCACCACCUCAACUUCUACGACUUCGACAUCCACGACCUCGACUUCAACAACUACCUCAACUUCGACAACCACAACGUCAACAACAACAGCAAACAGUGAUAUGGGCAACUACUGGCGAUAUGAAUAGUCCACGAAGAUAUCACACUUCAACUACAUUGACGAAUGGAAAUGUCUUAACUGUUGGUGGUAACAAUGGUGUUGGUUACUUGAUUAGUGCAGAAGUGUAUAAUUCAUCCACAGGACUUUGGACACUUACUGGUAAUAUGAACACUGCACGAGGAUAUCAUACAGCAUCCAUAUUGACAAAUGGAAGUGUCUUGAUUGCUGGUGGUUACAGUGGUAGUACUUAUUUAAAUAGUGCAGAAAUCUAUAAUCCAUCAACAGGACUCUGGACACUUACUAGUAACAUGACUGCUGCACGAGAAUAUCACACACAAGUCACAUUAGCAAAUGGCAAUAUUUUAGUAGCCGGUGGAUACAAUAGUGGUAGUGGUACCUUGAUUAGUGCAGAAAUCUACAAUCCAUCUACAGGCGUGUGGACAACUACUGGCAAUUUAAAUACUGCUCGAAGAUAUCACACCGUCUCUAUACUAACAAAUGGAAAUGUCUUAGUUGCUGGUGGAGACAACGGUGCCACUACGCUGAGUAGUGCAGAAGUAUACAAUACAUCCACAGGAUCAUGGACAUAUACCGGCAGUAUGAGUACUGCACGAGAAUAUUAUAUGCAAAUAACAUUAGCAAAUGGAAAUGUCCUAAUUGAGGGUGGAUAUAAAACUGGUAGUGGUUAUUUAAGUAGUGCAGAAGUGUGCAAUUCAUCCACAGGACUGUGGACAACUACUAGCAGCAUGAAUUUUGUACGCAAUCAUCACUCAGCAUCUUUAUUGAUAAAUGGAACUGUUUUAGUUGCUGGUGGAUACGAUGGCAUUGAUUACUUGACUAGUGCAGAAGUGUAUGAUCCAUCGACAGGACUCUGGACAACUACUGGCGACUUUAGCAUUGCACGAGCAUAUCAUACAGCAUCCACAUUGACAACUGGGCAAGUAUUACUUGUUGGUGGACAGAAUGGUGAUAGUGUUUUGAGCAGUGCAGAAUUAUAUGGAUGA